UAAGCCUCGCGUGCCGCAGCGGCUUGAAGGGCUGAGACGUCCUGUAGCCUGCUUGAAACAAAACCAGACCGCGCUUAGCUGUCUUCAGCAUCGGCACGCGCGACGAAGGGCGGCGCUCGCCGAGACCAGAACUCAACGCCCUGCCGUGGAUUUCUGCCCGAGUUUGAGCACGGUUUGCUUUGUUGCGCUUUUAUGUAAAAACCCCGCAACGUUUGGCUGGCCAGAAGAGCGUUAAAUGACUUUUAACGGUGUUCAAGGCCCUUCUUGUCGCGCGUACCAGAGUAGGCCGGUCGCUUAGCUCCCUGCUGGCGCUAACUUGCCGCCCCGACUCUCUGGGUAACCAGGCAAGUUGUCCGAGUGGGGCCAGGCCUGUACGUUAGGAAUGCGUGCUGAAGCCAGGUCCUGUAAACGCUUCCCGCCGCGCGGAGUCGCGUUGCUAGGACUCUGCGCAGAAAUAACCGGGCGUGCCCCCGAGCGCCUCUUCUGAAGUGCUGAUGGGGUGGUGACCCCGCUGCUUGGGAGCCAGGGAGAUCGCUGACAGGAUCGCUUCCGUGUUUAUUGAGCUCAAGUCUCAGACUUUUUGUUUUAUAAUUAAAUGCGCUUCUCUUCGUGGUACUUUUUUUAGGUGCUGGAGCGUGGCCGGGUAGCACUGCGUCGUUCAUGUGCAUCGAUCUUGUGUCUCAUGCCAAGAUGUCUGUUGUUUACGCAGAAGACGUAAUAUGAAUACUUUGUUAACGUGCUGUCAGCAAUAUAAACGAACAAACAAGAACUCCGAACAAAAAUAGCUCUUUUUAGAGAGAGGAGAAAGUCACAGCUGCCGGAAAACUGUUUUUAAUGGAGAGCGAUGCACCGUUGGGUUUUAUGUUUCCUUUAAAACUCAACUUCCUUUACGUCCAUAUAAAACUUCUACUGCGUAUAAUUUCUUAGUAACUUAGCUUCAUACGUAUGUAGUCCUUUAAAGAGUGUUUCUUUUUGUAAAAAGGUUUGGCUGGGUUGUGAAUUUUUGAAAUUAUCUUUGAAAAUUGUUUUUGGGCAGGCGUGUCCCUGUUACGUUUUGAGAUUCUUGAGCCAACUGCAACAAAUUCCCCUCUCCAAUGUCAACACGUAGAGAGGGUUGUUUUCCUUAUGACUGACUGCUGCCUUCGCCUUCACUUAAAAAACAUUCAAUGGCUUGGAAUGGUAUGACCAAAAAAAACUCUAUGUUUUCAAUUCCAGAUUGGAAUUUUUACAAGUCAGGAAAAAACAAAAAGUACGGUGUAUAUGGGUAGUAAUUCAAGAGCCUGUCGUAUCCUGCUUUUCGUUACGGAGUAUAUUGGCUUAGUAGACCCUAAAAGCAAAUUUCCAAGCAUGACAAUGCAUAUGAACGGACGCUAAUACGUCUUAUUUGCGCUGUUUCUGACUUAAUCCCAUGACGACUAGUAUUUACCUAGAGCCGAGUGAUUGAUGUCCCUUUAAACGUAAGGAGAAAAUUGUGCUUUAAAGCACCUAAAAGCGUUCAGUGUUAGAAGGGAUUGCAGUAUUUUGGAAACUCCAUGGCAGUCACGUGUUUCAUUCUUGCUAUAGCAGCAGUGAUGGCUAACGGGAAUUUUUCAGAUUAUACGUGUCCAUUAGAAGGCCCACAGAACUUCGGUACUUGCACAUAGGCUAAUACGCACCAACAUCUCCUUUUUUAUUAUUAAUAAAGUGCUUUCACAUUGCAUGUAUUGUGCUCUUUUUUCACCCUAUGUCUUAGCUUGAGUAUUUUCACCUGUCAUCCAUAGGUUCUUACUUUUGGGACUAGUAGCAUAAGGGUAUUUGACUAUUUUAAUUACCUUUUUGCCACCAUCAUUUCUAUGUUGCCUGAUCUCACAAUGGGUAUUAUAUGUGGUCUCUGUUUGACACCGUUGAUUGUAAAGGUUUACAGGUGUCUCUUUUCCUCUUUUUUUCCAGUUUUCUCCGCUGCUGUAUAGAACAGAAUAUAUCCUGAUUGUGCUACAACUUGCAAGAAAAAUGAUAUUCGUCCAGCAUUCCUGAGUAAUAAGAAUGGGUCCAGAUGUACCCCUGCUGAAUGAUUACAAACAGGAAUUCUUUUUGAAGCGCUUUCCGCAGACUGUGCUGGGAGGUCCCCGCUUUAAAUUAGGCUAUUGUGCCCCUCCAUACAUAUAUGUGAAUCAGAUUAUUCUUUUCUUGACACCAUGGGUUUUGGGAGGCGUAGGAACACUUUUGUACCAAUUGGACGUUACGAAAGACUAUUUUACAGCAGCGCUUUCAGGAGGACUGAUGUUUGUUACUGCACUUAUUCUCCAAAUGACAAAUCUGUAUGCAAAACAGAAGACAGUGACAGUAGAAAGAAUGCAAAUUCAGAAUACCCUAACAGAUGAAGAUGAGUUUGAAUUUUCCAGCUGUGUAGGUUCAGAGACAGUUAAAUUUAUUAUUCCUGGCAAGAAGUACAUAAUCAACACUGUGUUUCAUUCUCUUCUGGCAGGGGUAUUGUGUGGGCUGGGAACUUGGUAUUUGCUGCCAAACAGAUUAACCGUGCUAUAUAGUAAUAUUGGAGGAACUGUUAUCAUCUUUGUAUUUGGAUGGAUGACUAUAUGUAUAGGAGAGUAUUCAUUAAUUAUAAAUACAGCUACUGAAACAGCUACUUUCCAAGCACUGGAUACUUACGAAAUUAAUGCUCUGAUGAGACCUUUUUAUAUUUUUGUCUUUAUUGCAGUGGAUCUUGCACACAGGUUUGCUGUCAACACGCCUGUUCUAGAGCAGACAAACCAGAUUUUGCACAUCGUGUUUCUUUUUCUGCCGUUCUUAUGGGCAAUGGGAAUUCUGCCCCCACUUGAUGCACUUUUUCUAUGGGGAAUGGAACAACUGUUGGAGUUUGGACUAGGAGGUUCACCUUUGUCAAGUAACACAAAGUUAUUAGUAAUGUUUCUCAUUUCUGCUGGAACAGCAAUAGCAUCGUAUUUCAUUCCCAGCACUCUCGGUGUGAUCCUCUUCAUGACUGGAUGUGGGUUCAUACUGAGUCUUAACCUAAGUGAGAUUGGUUUUGCCUUCAAACACACCAUGAGCAGCCAUUUGACCUCCAGCAAGUCUAAAAAUAUGCACAGAGGUCUUAGAAUACAGUUUGGGUGGAGGGAAUUCAUUUUUUAUUUGACUGUGCUGACAUUUGCUCUCAUAGAAGCUAGCCUGCUGCAUCAAUUUGCUGGUUUUUCGUCUUUUUCCAAAGCCAGUCCUCAGGCUGUAGCAAGUUACAUUCUGAUGAUAUUACUCAUAAUUACGUGGAUUCUUAGAGAGAUUCAGAGAGUGUACUUGUUUGGAGUCUUCCGAAACCCCUUUUAUCCAAAGGAUAUCAGGACUGUGACUGUGUUCAUGGAGAAGCAAAGAAGGCUAAUGAAAGUUGGUGUUGUCAGGAGGAUUUUACUAACACUAGUAUCUCCAUUUGCUAUGAUAGCGUUCCUGUCACUCGACCGCACCCUACAAAAUCUUCAUUCUGUGUCUGUUUGCAUUGGAUUCACAAGAAUAUUUAGGAUGGUCUGGCAGAAUACGGAGAAUGCCCUACUGGACAUAGUGGUUGUGUCACUAACACAAAUGGCGGUGUUUAAUCCGGACAUAUGGUGGAACAGGAGCCUCGAUACAGGAAUCAGACUCUUGCUGGUCGGCAUCCUACGGGAUCGAUUGCUUCAGUUUGUCUCAAAAUUGCAGUUUGCCGUAGCCAUUCUUCUGACAUCGUGGACAGAGAAAAAACAGCGUCGGAAAUCUACCGCCACCUUAAUCACGCUCAACGUAGUUUUCUUCCCGAUCCUGUUGACCUUCGUUGCCAUCUCUGCGCUACUUUCUUCUCCUUUGUUGCCGCUCUUCACACUACCAGUGUUUUUGAUAGGCUUUCCUAGGCCUAUCCGAAGUUGGCCAGGUCCUGUGGGUGCUACAGCAUGUGUUUGCUCCGAUACUGUAUACUAUCAACAGAUGGUUCCAAGCCUGGCUGUUGCUCUUCAGUCUGCACUAGCAGCUGGUAGCCUAGGUCUCUCUCUACCCGGAUCACAUUACCUAUGCCGUUUUCAGGACAGACUGAUGUGGAUAUUGGUGCUGGAAAAGGGCUUCACAUACUGUGGUGUUAAUAUUAAGGGGCUAGAAUUGCAGGAAACAUCCUGUCAUGCUGCUGAAGCUCACAGAGUUGAUGAGAUUUUUGAAAUGGCCUUCGAACAUCAGGAGCACACAAAGAUUGUCUCUCUUAAUCAUCAUUUUGGAAACAUUUUGACUCCUUGUACUGUUCUACCUGUGAGACUGUAUUCAGAUGCCAGAAGUGUGUUGUCUGGAAUAAUUGACUCUCAUGAAAAUUUAAAGCAUCUGAAAGAUGAUUUCAUUAAAGUGCUUGUAUGGAUGCUUGUCCAGUAUUGUUAUAAAAAAUCCAAAAAGCGGGGAAACCUGGACAAUGCAGACAAGAACAAAAAAGGAUCAUUUCCAGAAAAUCAGCAUAGCAGUGCAGUAGAAAGAUCCAGGCCUCUGAGGGAUGAAGAUAGCUUUAGUGUUGAUACAAUUGAGGACUGGACUGAUGAUAGUGACAUUUUUGAUCUUGAACUCAGUGGCAGAGUGCAAGAUAGGAAAGAAACUGGGCAGUUGGGAAUUACACCAAAAACACAUUUGUCUAUUCCAGGGUCUGUAGAAACACAGAAUCAAGAUGACCUACAGGAAAUGUCACCAGAAGAUAAAUUAUGCAGGGCUGUUGUGCUUGGACUUCCUGCUGUAGACAAAGGAAAACAGCGAGAAGUUUUACCUCUGGUUGAAUUUAGUUGCUCCUACUCAGAGCUAUUAAGCAUCCCUGAAGAAUGGAGAACAGCCCCAGUACCUGUUUCCAAAGUCAAUGAAAUGAGGCAGAGGUUCCCAGAAGAGUGGUACCAUUUCAUUUUGAGUCAGCUGGACUUUUUUCACCUGAAAGAAAAACCUUCCAAUUUACUUGAAGACCUUAUGAAAGAUAAAGCUUUGAAAGAUUUAUACGUCCAUGGUGUAUUGUCGUGUUGCUUUGGUCUGUUUGGACUGGAUAACACAGUGCCUGCCCCUAGCCAUGUGUUCAGAGCGUACACCGGUGGUAUUCCGUGGUCUGUUGGUUUGGACUGGCUAACCAGCAAACCGGAGCUAUUCCAACUUGCACUAAAAGCAUUCAGAUAUACUUUUAAGCUUAUGGUUGACAAAGCAAGUCUGGGUCCAGUUGAGGACUUCAAAGAGCUAGUUAACUAUCUGGAAGAAUAUGAAAAUGAUUGGUACAUUGGACUGGUGUCAGAUCUUGAGUGGCAGCAGGCAGUUCUUCAGGAAAAGCCUUACCUUUUUUCCCUGGGGCAUGAUCCAAACAUGGGAAUUUACACUGGGCGAGUGCUCACUCUUCAGGAAUUGUUAGUACAAGUGGGAAAACUUAAUGAUGAAGCUGUCCGAGGUCAGUGGGCAAAUCUGUCCUGGGAGCUGCUGUAUGCUACUAAUGAUGAUGAGGAGCGCUACAGUAUCCAGGCCCACCCCGUUCUUCUCCGAAACCUUACCGUGCAAGCUGCAGACCCACCUCUUGGCUACCCUGUCUACUCAUCUGAACUUCUACACGUGCCUUUGUUCUAGACUGGCUGUGGCUUUUUGUGUGUGUGUAUUUCUCAUUUGCAUGUUGGGAAGCGAAUGCUCAUGCUACGUUUGUACACUACAAAUAAGAUUUGACUCUCAAAAUGGCGUCGGAGGGCAGUGCCAAACCAGCGUAAAUAAUUUGCACAGAAACGGUGCUAGCCAGAGCCUUCAGCAGGCAGGAAGCUUUGAACUCUGUUUUCUUGGUGCUGGAACAUUUGAGACACCAUUCCUUGUGUGGCUGACAAA